GGAGGCCAUCCGCAUCAUCUUCCUCCUCAUUCCCACUCAACACUGCUCUUGCGUUCCCGACCAAACCCAGGAGGUCAAUCCUUGUCGACAAGCUCCUCCGGCGACGACCCAACCAAGACCAACACGGCGAUGGCGGCGGCAGCGACAGAGAGCCACACCUCGGAAAGCUCCAUUGAAGCUCCCUGACUUGCCCCCUUCUCUCAUCUCCGUGCUCAAUGUCGAACGAGCCCUUCGCGGCAUCAAAUGCAGCCAUCACGGACGUGGAUCAUUACGGCAGGCUCGGGCUCCCGAGAAAAUGCCCCUACGAUCAGGCCGUACAAGAAGAAGGUGGAAGAAGUGAACAGCGAGGAGGGGCUCGAAGAAGAUGAGAUCAAUGAGAUUUCGCAAUGUUCGGACAGGAGUCGUGCAAGGAUACUGUCAUCAGUCGAAGAGAAAACACUGUAUGAUUGGAGCUUGGCCAGGAGUGAGAAGCCGGACAGAUACAUGUGGCCUUUCGAGGCCGACAUUACUCAGACCCCUACACACUCUCCUCUCCUCCUCCACCACCGGAACCGGAGGAUGAGGGGCCGACGAGACUUGUUAGUUACUUCAGGCUUGGAUGGGUGGUAUUGUCCUUCGUAUUAUCUAUUAUUCUCAAUCGAUAGUUCAUCGAGUUUGUAAAACAUAUAUAUCCCAAGAAGAAUCUUGAAUUGGACGAA